CUUUAUAUAGUGCACAUAUAUUUUUUGGAAAGAAGCAGUGCUUAACUUCAAAAUGAAAUUAAUAACUGCAGUGAUUCUCUUGUUUUGUGCUAAAAUAUCAUCAUGUCUGCACUGCAAUUGCGAAUUGGGAGUUCCACGUAACUACAGCGGGUAUUUCAAUGAGCCCACUACACUUAGACGACCAUGGUCAGUUAUCAUUCUACAAUUUGGUUACGAACGCUGUUAUGGUGUCAUCGUAUCGAAUACACACAUUCUAACCACUGAAGAUUGUAUUAUACCGUACAAAGGAAAGCCUGCUAAUGCACUGGAAGAUUAUACGUAUCUACCCCGAAACUUUUGGAUUCCUUAUACUGAAGUUAAAUUCAACAGUAAACUCCAUAUUAAAGUGAAAACUGUUUUCAUACAUCCCGAUUUGAAUUCCUUCCAAUCAAAAAUUGCAAUUGUGGAAUUAAAAGAGGCCAUUCGUCUUGAUGAAUAUAAACAAGCAGCGUUCUUGCCUCGUGAAGCAGUAAAUGUUUACGGGGCUCGAACGACUGUUGGACUUUCACAUGAUGUUAAUGGAGGAUUUCUAACUACGGAGAAAAUCAAUGCUUUUGUAUGGUCAAAAGAGAUUUGCAGCCUAUUCAAUAACGGUGAUGAGGACUCUCUAAUGUGCAUUGAUAUUGAUGAUGACUGUUCAGGAUGUAAUUUAUGCCCGGGAAUUUUAAACCAAGCAUUAUUCCAUGUCAAAAAUGAUGUAAUGGAGCUCCUUGCAUUACCUAGGUACUGCAAAACAGUUUCAUUCAACGAAUCGACUUACAUGGAAGAGAUAAGAACAGUACACGUUUAUUUUCCCAUAGGGAAUUUCAUUCCAUGGAUUCAACACAUCCUUUCCAAAAGAUGUGGUUGCAGUUCAGUUACCUCUCCUAUAAUUGAAGGCAAAGAUGCCAUAGUUUUUUGAUACAUAAAAUCACCAUUUUUGUGUUUGCAUGGAAUUGAAAUAAGAUCUUUUAAACCAACAUGUUCUUCAUCAGUUACUUCUACAUUAGCGUACAUACAAAAUUAAAUUAUUUCAAAAUUUAUCUUACAAUAUCUUGUGUGAGGGUGGUGUGAGGGUUCGCGUGACCGCUUAUCUCUUUUCCCCGCACGCAUUUGCUUGCAUUUAAUAACCCCCCCCUCUUGGUUGCCUAUGGUUGGACGAAAUGUACAAAAGUAUACUACUACGAGCUCAUACAAUAUGUGGAUCAUGCAAUACAUGACACUAUCCUGAUAAGUUGGACUUGGAGAGAAAUGCAUUAAUUUCCGAUAGGUCUAAGUCGAAUAA